GGAGGGGACUCCCGGAUCCACGAGCUGCAGCUACAGAAGGCGCCGAGCCCCACGGGGACCUGCUCGCCGCCCAGCAGUCUGAAGGCAGGGCCCCGAGACCUGGAGCAGGGGGCGUCAGAGGCCGACACCUUUCCCAAGACGUCAGACGAGGGCUGAAGCCCGUGCUGCGCACACUGCCUCUCACCUAUAUCCUCCUCACCUCCACAGAGAGACGAGUUCCCUUCCACGUGGCCCAACCCCUUGCAAAAACCUGA